AUGAACGAAUAUGAGCAGCUACAGCAAGAGAUCAAUUUACUCGAGAGGAAUAUUGUGGAUAUACAGGAAGACCUAGAACUAUUAAGUAAAAAUGAGUCGAUUCUACAGCAAGAAGUUACGAGUUUAAAACAAAUUCAGGAGGAGCAAAACCGGCAACCAGCAGAUGGUCAUCAUGAGGAGGUCCCUAUCAUCAAACAUACCUACUUUGACCCAUCAAUCGCCCAAUUUUUCGAAGAUACGGAAGGUUCGCCCCCGAUUGAAUUAAUCGAUGAACAAAUAAUAGAAAAGGCCGACACCAAAGAGAACAUCAUGUAUGAGAAUAUUCUACGAAUGGGCGGAAUAACUGCAUUUCCGAUCAGCAAGCAUGCGUUUCCCAAAGAUGAAGUACUAGGGAUUCGAUUUGAUAUAUUUUCAACCAAAAGUAGAUCAUACAAGCAACCUCACUAUGCCAUUUUAUUAAAAGGCAGAUACAAGAGUGAAGCAUUGCAUUGGAGGAUUCAUAAAACUACCUUGCCUGUACAUGUACCCUUAGAUAGGUAUCAGCAAGAGCUCCAAGAAACGAAUGAUCUUGACAAGUUUGUUAAUCAGAUAUACAUGUACCUUGCAAAGGACAACGAAAAGAGGGAAACAGGCUCCUAA